AUGCGUUUUCCCGCGGGACCGGGCCGGGAGGACGAUGACGAGUACCAGUACACGGUCGAGCUGGUCCUCGCCAAGAGGGAGGCUCGCGUGGCGCGCAAGGGCAUCGUUGUGCAAUAUGCAGUCAAGUGGGACGAGUGGGACCAAACUCCGGACAUGACGUGGGAGCCGCCCGAGAACCUGUCCAGCGCGAAGGAGGAGGUGGUCAAGUUUGAGCGGCGGACCAGCCAGUGCUUCGUGUGCGCAAAGAUGGUGCACCCGGCCUGCGCGACGCAGCACCUCUUCCUCGAGCCCUUCAUCCAGAAGCUCGACUCCGCCAACAUCUGCUUUGAUUGCGCGCUUCUGGUUGCCAUGGUGGAGAAGCGGACGCCGUUUGGCAUCGCUGGUGCGCGACUGAUGUUCGAGCCGUACUACCUCCAACUGCGCGGCGUUGCCGCGCUCACCGAGCCCUCGCCGUUCGCCCUCGGCGCCUUCAUCGCCACCGGCUCGCUCAAGCUUUUAGAGGCCGCGACUACCACCGCGCG